AUGCUGCCCCCAAAGCCGCAACAAGCCACGCCCUCGCAAACCACGCCUGCUGCAGCAAACCACGCCCGUUACACUCCACACCACCUGCAAACCACGCCUCUUACACACGACGCCCCGCAAACCACGCCCCUUACACACCACACCCCCUGCAAACCACGCCUGCUGCAGCAAACCACACCCUUACACACCACGCGUCCCACAAACCAGUGGCAGCAGCAACCACACCCCUUACACACCAUGACCCCCGCAAACCACGCCUGCUGCAGCAAACCACGCCCCUUACACUCCACACCACCUGCAAACCACGCCCCUUACACUCCACACCACCUGCAAACCACGCCCCUUACACACGACGCCUCGCAAACCACGCCCCUUACACACCACACCCCCUGCAAACCACGCCUCCCACAAACCAGUGGCAGCAGCAACCACGCCCCUUACACUCCACACCACCCGCAAACCACGCCCCUUAUACUCCACACCACCUGCAAACCACGCCCCUUACACGCCACACCACCUGCAAACCACGCCCCUUACACACGACGCCUCGCAAACCACGCCCCUUACACACCACAACCCCUGCAAACCACGCCUCCCACAAACCAGUGGCAGCAGCAACCACGCCCCUUACACUCCACACCACCUGCAAACCACGCCCCUUAA